UUCAUUUCAUCAUUUCGUACAAACUACAAACGUCACUUUUCUCUCCCACAAAAAAUAUGUAGAAAGCACCAUAUGAACGUAGAAAUCAGUUUUGAUAUUAAUUAGGGAAUAUCUAAUUGAUAUAGGAGUCUUAAAAAAUAUUUUUAUUUGUAGAAUGGAGUAUCAAAAUACAAUAUGCUUAUUAAUAUACUGAUAGGAGAAGUACCUGCCAGCUAAAUUAAAAAAAGUAAUUGUUAAAAAAUACAAAAGUGAUAACAUAAGUGAUCUAGAGAUAUAAAAACAAAAAACUAAUGGAUUGGAUGUCCCAUAAUCAUUCCCGUUCCAUUUCGAGUCGUCUGGAUUUAGCAAGAGCAACUCAAGCCACUGAAUUUGUUCCUAGGGUUAUUAGUUCCAGUACGUCUGCCUCUCCAAAUUUUUUCAAUAAUUAUUCCAGUACUUCAACCCUACAUCCUAUUACCAAAAAAUUGGAAGAUGGGAACCUACCUGUUCAUGUUGCUUCUGAACCAUCUUCGUCAUCAUCACCUCCUCUAGUAAACAAUACAUCGCUCGUAAAUAGUUCACCUGUUCAGGAUAAAGUAGGAUCUAGUCCCUCUUUGCCAGCUUACCAAGAAAAUGUUGGAGGUACUACUUAUUUCUAUCAACUUCAGACAACUCCAGAGAACUGUCAGCCAACUGAGGUUCCCAGUGGUUCUCUGCCGACUGAGUACAAUGUCUAUACAGGAAAAAAGGAUCCAUCCUUUUUUCUCUCUGAAGAUCUUCGCAACGAUAUUCUAAAUAGAAAUGUGUUAACCUUACUGCAGCCUGACCCCCAGCAAUACCCAGAUCUUCCUCAAGAAGUAGACAGCUACCAUGAGUUGUUUCCUCUUGAACCCAUAUCAACUACUUUGCAUAAAGCCCAUCUUGGUUAUCAAGCUACAAUGUACAAAGCCACACACAUUAAAACAGGCAUUCAUUAUUGUUUAAGAAGAAUUCAUGGUUUUAGGUUAUCUAAUACCAAAUGCAUGGCAUUUGUUGAGCUAUGGCGAAAACUUACUCAUUCCAAUAUUGUUCAAUUGAAAGAAGUGUUUACGACGAAGGCUUUUGGUGAUAAUUCCAUGAUUUUCGUUUACGACUAUCAUCCUGGAUCUGAAACUUUACUAAACAAACAUUUCUCUCCUGACCAACCGGGUUAUUGUGAUCCUUUUUUAAACGAUAGCUCAACGCCAAGACCCUAUAGUUAUCAAAAGAACAAUUUGUUGAGGCACACUCAAAACAAUAAACUUCCUGAACCACUCAUUUGGAACUAUAUCAUUCAGUUGACAUCUGCAUUAAGGGUUAUCCACUCGUCCGCACUAGCUUGUAGAAGUUUGGAUCCGACCAAAAUUAUUAUUAAUUCUCGCAACAGGUUACGAUUAAGUUGUUUAGGCGUCAUGGAUGUAGUACUUCAAGAAAACAAUACGACCAUUAACCAUAUAACUCUAGUCCAACACUAUCAACAGGAAGACCUUACGGCUCUUGGAAAGUUGGUGUUGGCUUUAGCUUGUAAAUCAACCAUGGCUGUGCAACGGGAAAACAUAUCUACUGCUUUAGAUAUUGUCAGUCGUUCAUAUACGACGGAUCUUCGCAAUCUUAUCAUGUAUCUUUUGGCAACGCAACAAAGACGCAGCGUUACCGACCUUAUGCCAAUGAUUGGUGCUCGAUUUUAUACUCAACUUGAUAACCUCCAUAACCACAUUGAGACGCUCGAUCAUGAACUCUCGAAAGAAGUACAAAAUGGCCGCCUUUUUAGAAUCAUGACUAAACUAGCAACAAUCAACGAACGACCAGAUUUUAAUAUGGAAAGUACCUGGGCAGAAACGGGAGAUAGGUACAUGUUAAAGUUGUUCCGGGAUUACGUUUUUCACCAAGUUCAAGAAGACGGCAACCCAUGGCUCGAUAUGGCGCACAUCGUUCAAUGUUUGAACAAACUGGACGUCGGUGUUCCAGAAAAAAUCAGUUUGAUAUCUCGCGACGAACAAAGCGUCCUUGUUGUAUCUUAUGCCGAACUCAAACAUUGUCUAGAACAGUCUUUCAGCGAACUCUCCAGCUCGUCUUCAGCAAGUAUCCACGACUUAAACAGAAUCGCAGUUGGAAUUGACGACAAACUGUAAUCUGUCUGUGUUACUUAAUAGGUCGGCGUCCAGGUACAUUAUAGAUCCGAAUAUUCCAAAGAAAUUUGGUAUACCUUCAACUAAUUUGACACAAACAAUUUUUUAGAUAUAUUUCGAACACGGUAUUUUUAUUUCAGGGUGUUUAAUUUUUUUGUAGCAGGGCUUUAACACUCGAUUUAACUUUUCAAAUUAAUACGAAAAGUUUAAAUACAUAUAAGUCCGAAAAUGCUUAACUUUCUACAAAUUAAAUUUUAUAUUUUUUCUUAUAUAUCUUAUUAAACAUUUUUUAACGUAUUGAAUUAAAAAGUUGGAGAACGGAUUUUUUUUUGGUAACCGUAACCACUAGUGGGCUUUCGUUAUUUUGCUCUAUGGGUUAAAAUUACCAUAACGUUUUCUCAGUACUUUUAAAUAAAAAAAUCCUAUUUUAUGAGUGUAUAAUAAUAUUUAAAAAUAUUAUUUGAUUACAGGCAUCCCUAAUCAUAUUAAUCAGUUGAUCUAUCGUUUGCACAGCUGUUGCUGUAGGUUAAAUCAAACAACAAUAAAAAGCCAAGUAAAUUUGAAAAAGUUUAUAUGAUUUUCAAAAGAGGACCUGUUUGAUUAUAAAAAUACAAGAAAUAAGAAAGUAUGGUCAUUUUAAUCUGUAAAUAGUACAAUACUGAGAGCGUCCCUAGAGCGAGUCCAGAAAUGACAUCCCAUUUCAAAAAACCAUUGUAUAACAACUUUUGAAGCAAUUUAUUAAAAAAUGUUUAAAAUAUUUAACAAAAUCCUAUUUGAACGUUUAAUUUGAAACAUCAUGUAUCUUGAUAACUAAGCCUUUGCCGACCUAUAUUUAUUUAAACGUUUUGUAAUAAUUUUGUUAUUAAAAGUCCUGCCACAAAAUAUUCAUAAAUCGGGUACAACUGAACGUUCUUUUAUUUAGGCUAUUAAAAAAAAUUAAUCUUUUAAAAAAUAAUCGUAUGUUCAGUAUAGCUUAUUUCCCAUUUUAAAAUUUGCGAAGGAUAUAAUAGCCAUGUUUUAAUUGAUCCAAUAAUCUAGCGCAGCAACUAUCUUGAACAAUAAAAGGUGCAUAUAUUAUGUAAAUUACAAUUACAUAGGAAUGUUCAUCAUUCGCGUAUAACUGCUCUAGAGUUAGAGGUGUGUCCAGCCCUAUAUAUCCAAAAAUAUUUUUAAAAUAUGAAUAUUUCAAGUCCAUAUAACUUUUGUUUAAAAUUUGUUUACCUGUCUAUAACAAAAAUGAAAAUAUUGAACAAUUACUCACUAAUAGGAUACCCAAGUACUUCAACUUGUAUGGCAGCUUUUAAAAUCCGUACCGCAACCCUACAUUAUAUCAGACUCUAAACAUUAAUAACACAGAUCUUAUUUUUAGAAUUGUUUAUUUAUUUGUCUGGGUCCAACUGUUCCGUUCUAUAGCAUCCAAGAUAAUUGUAUCUUAUUCAUGACUAAAACUAUGUAAGCGGUAAUUUUUGGUCCCAUUCCUAACCCACAAUGUGUUUAUGGAGGGUUUGUAUUAAAAUUGUAUCUUAUUACAACUUUGUGCAACCCUCUCUUGCUCUAACCAAACAACUACAUUUUGACGCAAUAGCACAAAUUUUCAGGACAUAAGGAUUUCUGAAAAUUUGUCUUCAACCCCAAUAUUCUUUAAAAUAUCUAUAAAUUAUUUGUAUUUUUGUGUUUGUUCCCAAGAAGGGACGAUAUGAGAUUUUGGAUGAUAUGAAUAAAAAUUAAGUUUAUACUCUGAGCAUAUACUCAAGAGCAUGAGCAUAAAACAGCAGGCGUUUAUACGCGAGUAGAUCCUCCUAUAAAAGUAAGCAGAUACUCCUAUUUACUGGCUACGCCUAGCUCGACUGUUUUGUUGCACCAUAUUCCGGCAUCACAAACAGAUUUGGGCCAUGAGGCCUCUAUGCUUGAAAGCCAUUCAUUUGAAUUGCAUGUGGCAUGGACAUUAAUGUAUUUAUUUCCUUGACCAAGAAGCUUCUUUAUACUUAUGUGAGUACACCUACUACACAGGAAAAAUAAUGUCUUGUUUGUAACUUUUCUUUGCACAUACAUAUAUCUGCAGCAUUCUGAGGAAAUGUUUUUUAAGAGCUAGUUUUUUCGAUAAUUUUAUUUAUAACCUGCAUCACAACUUUUGAAACAGAAGAUGGCGGACUCGCGAAUCUUCUUAUACCCCAGAUUCAAAAUCUGGGUCUGCUACAUAACUCAAGAAUAUUUUUAGUUUGUCAAUUUUACAUAUCGCACCGCCUUUUCUUUCAUUGGACUCGUCGUCCAAAAAUUUGACAUUCACUUUGUUUUCUUUUGUAAAACAAUAGAACACCGUCGCAAGUGGUUUUUCUUGGUUUAUAUUUCUUUGCACUAAGCACUCAGCCAUCACUUCUUUAUUGUCAAACUGAAACUGAGUUUCCUUCCAAGAAAACUCCAUUUAUAUGGAGUAGAAACUCAGAUUUUGAGCACAAAUUUAUUUUUAUUCAUAAGAAAACUAAGUUUAUACUCACUAAAAAUUGUACAUAAGAGUACCUAGUUACCUACUCAUGAUUAGCAACUACCUUUAAUUUUUUUUUUUUUUUUUUUUUCAUACAGAUUGGAGUAUUUUCUUCAGAAUUAUUAGCAUGAAGUACAUACUCAGCUUUAUUCAUAUCAGCUUUUAUCUGGUUAAAAAGUACUCUCUUCUUACCAAUAUCCCCAAAAAAUUAACCUUCAUUAAAUGUUUGAUUAUACAUAAGUAUAAUUUUAUUGAAGACAGUUAACAAUUUUGUUUUAUAAAUAGUUAAUCAGGCUUUGGGGGACAAAAAAAAUUAUUUUGAUUUUAUCUUUGAAAUGUUGACAUUUAAUCUCAAUUUGGAUAUGAAGUCCGGGUUAAAACUUUAAUUCUGUUGUUCGAUUCGGAUUUAUCUCAAAACAUGAUUUCUGUCAAAAUGUUUAGUUCAUCUUUUUCUUUUCGUUCUUGAUCUAAAUAUUUUUAUUUUGUAAUUUUUAUACUUAUAUUAAAGGCGAUUACUUACAAAUCAAAGUUUUGAUUUUGAGUCAUUUUAUAAAAAGAAAAACGAGUUUUAAACUUAAAAUAUGAAUCUUUGGUUUAUAUUCAGUUCUAAUUUGCGGUUUUAUCAAAAUGUUACUUCUAUAAAUUGAUCUUGAAAGCAAGCAACAAAAAAAUAGCGUUCCAAUUAGUUUUUUUUUUUAAAGUUCACUAUCAUCAAAAUUUGGUUUUUUUCUAUGACACCAUUUAAAUUUGAAUUUUAUUAUGUAUUCAAAAAUUUGGUAUUAAAAUAUAAUACGUGUUUCAAAACAGUUGCAGUCUAAUAUUGAAAAUGUAAUGACAUUUUGAUGAAAAAUCGUUUUUAGUGAAUUUUUAGUUCGGCAUUAUUAUUUAUAUUGAGGGAAUAAAAAAACUAAUUUUCUUAAACGAAUAUUAUUACAUCUAGUUACACUACUUGUAAUAAAAUCUCUGAUACUUUAAUGGUCGAUUUGAUUAAUUUUUAAUAUAUUUUUGGUCUGGACGCCGACCUACUCUUGUACUUUAAGAUUGUGUUGUGAGUUAAGAAUGAAUGUGGUUUAACAAUAGUGAUUGUUUACCAAAAAAUAAUUUGUUUUCAAUAAUAUACAUCAUCUGGGCGACAAAAUUAAAAUUCUCCGAAUUACCUUACUUACUUUUCAUUCUAUAAAAAGUGAAAUAUUAUUGAAAACAUAUAUUUCCAUUUUUGAUUAAUGAAUAGAUAUUUUUUGCAUAAGUUAUAUUUUUCUUUAUAAAAAGAUGUAUCAAAGCCGAUUAAUAAAAAAGCAAUAAAAACA